UCCAUAUGAUCAGAGCCCAGAAGAUAUUAUUAAUUGGCAAGCUUAAAGGUUACAGUAUCCUUGCUAUUGCAGAGGAAUUGCCAGACAAUGGCAAAAUCUUUGCCUGUGCAGAAGAGCCCUAUCUCGGAGUGUACAGCCAGGAGGCAUUUGAUCAUUCCUCAGAUGGCAAAAAGAUAAGCCUGCGAGUGGGACCAGUGGCAGACACCUUGGAGGCAUUACAUGCUGAGGACGAGCACUUUGAUAUAGUCUUUAUUGAUGCUGAUCAAAGGAAUGCUGUUCAGUACUACAGCUUUGUCAUGGAUAACCACUUGCUGAGCAUGGAUGCAGUGAUCUGUGUAGAGAAUACACUCAUGAAAGGACAAGUCUACCUGGAAAAUGUAUCAGAUGAAAAUGUACUAGCUGUCAGAAAAUUAAAUGCAGUGAUUAAUUCAGAUCCUCGUGUUGAGCAGGUGGUUUUGCCUGUGCAGAGUGGACUGAGCCUCAUCCGAAGGAGCCCUGUGCCUCCAGAUGCAGUGAUUGAGUCCAAGACACAAGUGGUGAAGGAUGAGGUUUUCUGGGGCUGCAACCGGCGCCGCAUCCUGGAGCGGCUGCGCUUGGACGGCAGGGUCGCCUACGUCACAGGAGGAGGGCAGGGCAUUGGCAGGGCCUUUGCCCACGCCCUGGGGGAAGCUGGGGCUAAAGUGGCCGUGGUGGAUCUGGUCCUUGCCAAGGCAGAAGCGGUGGCAUGUGAGCUCAGCCUCAAAGGCAUUAAAAGCCUUGCCCUGGCAGCAGAUGUGAGCAAGCCUGAGGAUGUACAAAGGAUGGUGGAUGCAAUUGUGUCUCGCUGGGGCACAGUCCACAUUGCAUGCAACAAUGCAGGCAUCAAUCUGAACUCUGCAAGUGAAGAGACUUCCCUGGAGGAAUGGGACAAAACUUUUAAUGUUAAUUUACGAGGAUUGUUUUUGUGCUGCCAAGCUGCAGGCCGCAUUAUGCUGAAUCAAGGAUAUGGGAAGAUAAUUAACACAGCAUCUAUGGCAAGUUUAAUAGUCCCUCACCCACAGAAGCAGUUGGCGUACAACGCCUCCAAAGCCGGGGUCGUAAAAUUAACACAGACAUUGGGAACCGAGUGGAUUGACAGAGGAGUAAAAGUCAACUGCAUUUCCCCGGGCAUUGUUGACACGCCGCUGAUCCGCUCGCAGGAGCUGCGGCCGCUGGUGCGGCGCUGGCUGGCUGACAUUCCUGCUGGGAGGCUGGCCCAGCCCACGGACCUGCAGGCUGCCGUGGUCUACCUGGCCUCCGAAGCCUCUGACUACAUGACAGGCCACAACCUGGUCAUCGAGGGUGGCCAGAGCCUGUGGUGAGAGGCGUCCUGCAGUCUCCCUUCUCACGGUCCUUGGAAAGUGUUAAUUUGGAGACUUGUAUAAUGCACAGGAAGAAUAAGGCAAAAAAAAAGGGCAAUCUUUCAGUUUUCCAGCAUUUUCGUGUUUUUCACUGCGCAGUCACGUUUCUGUUAAAUUAGUAUUUAAUGAUAUAAAAGUACAUUUACUGCAGUGAGAUUUGGCUAUUAUUUAAGUUUAACAGGGGGCAUUU